AUGUCACCAAAGUCAGACCUUCUCUCAACCCUAAACAACACCCAAUCCCAAAUCCAAUUUCUACAAUCCCUCGUCCGAACCCCCUCCCCAAACCCCCCAGGCAACACCACCGCCGCAACAACAAUCAUAACAGACUACCUUCAUUCCCAAAAUAUCUCCUACAACCUCAUCUCCCCAGAUCCAUCCAAACCAAACAUUGUAUCCGAGUUUAAUGGAACCGCUGGUGAUGGCCCCCGAAUUGUGCUCAACGGCCACAUCGACACAUUCCCCGUCGACCCCAACACGCCAGGCUGGACCCGAGACCCAUACUCGGGCGCCUAUUCCAACGGCCGCAUCCACGGCCGCGGCGUCGUCGAUAUGAAAUCCGGCACUGCGUCGCUUGUUCUUGCGUACGCGGCGCUUUAUGCGCACCGCCAGUUUCUAUCUGGGAGUGUGGCACUGUGUGUUGUCUCCGAUGAAGAGACUGGGGGGAAGUUCGGCACGAAGUAUUUACUCCAAACGGAGAAGGACAGGUGGGGAGGGGAUGUGAUGCUCUCUGCGGAACCGUCGGGGAUGAGUGUGCGGUUUUCGGAGAAGGGGACGUUGAGGAUGGGUGGUGUUGUUGCUUGUAAGGGGGCGCAUGGGGCAUAUUUGAAUUUGAGCAAAGGAGCUAUACGCAUAGCGACUGCUUUCCUGAAUGAUGUGGUUCGGGCAGUCGAGUCUAUACGGCCGAAUCCACCACCGGAUAUCGCAAAAUACAUGACGGACCCUGAUGUUUUAUCUGCGGUAGAUGAGGCCAUGGGUCCAGGGACCUCGUCUAUCAUCGGCAAGCCGACCGUCAAUAUCGGGACUAUCAAUGGUGGGGUUAAAGUGAACAUGAUCCCAGACUACUGCGAGUUCGAGCUCGAUACCCGAUUACCUGUUGGAUUACUCGCUGAGGAAGUCAUGGACGUGCUUGACGGCAUAAUCGCAGAUGGGAAAUACUCCGACGCAAGCAUUGAAUUAACGAAACAGGACGCAGCGAGUAACCCGGCUAGUUUCUCGACUAUUGACCAUCCUGUUAUCGAUCUGAUUAAGAAUAACGCGGAAGACAUUGGUGGAUUGAGGCCGUCUAUGAUUCCGUCUAUGGGGGCUACGGAUUGUAAGCAUUAUCGGUAUGCUGGAGUGCCGGCGUAUGUUUAUGGAUGUAGUCCGUUGAGUAUGGCGUCUGUGAACGAGUCGGCUUCUGUGGAUGAGUUUAUCCAUGUUACCAAGGUGCAUGCACUUACUGUGUGGGAUUUACUGGCAGGUGAACUAUAG